GGCCCCAUCCAUCACAAAGAUCAAUGAUAAGGAUAUAUGACCACGUCUGAGUGACAAACAUUUUGUGCUCGAAAAUUGUAAACACAAUUUCAUCAUCUUCGUAAUCGCAUCAUAAGACUCAAUUUGCUGUUGUUUAUACUUGUAUUUAGUUAAGUGUCUGUGAGUGAAGUAUGACUCUUCUCCUCAGAAACCUCCAGAAAACGGUAUCCUUUGACUUGCCUAAGUUAAAGGCCGACAUCAACUUGUUGCGGCGAAUUAUUCGAGCAGAGCGUUAUGACUUGGCUGUUAUCUGCAUGGAGGACAACCAGCUACGUGAAAUGAACAAGAUUUAUCGAGGCAAGGAUGAAGCAACAGACGUUCUGUCAUUCCCUGCUCAUGAAAGCCUUGCACCUGGCCGAUUGCCUGAUCCCUGGAGCGACCUUGCUGAUCUGGGUGACAUCUUUCUAGGGAUGCCUUUUAUACAGGAACAGUGUAAAAAAGAUGGAACAGAUAUUGACACUGUUUUGCCUGUGGUAGUGACACAUGGACUCUGCCAUCUUAUUGGCUACAAACAUGACACUGGUGAUCGACUCAAACAGAUGUACAAGCGAGAAUUGGACAUCCUUGAAGAAUACAACAAGCUUACUAAAAGUAGCCUGAGGCCACUGACAAAAGAUCCUGCAGAAAAUUAAUGUGCAGUUAAAUUAAGGGUCACUUCCUAAUUAAUCAAAUCAGAUGACUUUGACAGACGGAAUUUUCUCACCUGCCACCUCACUCAUAAUAAAACUGAUGGAAGAGGUCUCCACUUCACUUCCUCCCAUGCCCUGUGACCUGCUGCCAUCACCUUAAAAUGACUGAUCACAUCCUCAAAACUAAUUGGAGAAAAAGGUUCUUCUGUUGUUGAAAUGAUUAUGUACGGUAUUCAUGAAGAAACUGGCAAGUGUAUUUAGAUGUUGAGUGAAUGCAAUUGAUGAUGGGAUCCAUUUCUUAUUGUUAAAUUAUUGUCAAUUAGAUGAUAGUGAUAGCUGGAGAGGUGGUGUACAGUUAAUUACCAAGUUUAGAUUUACAGUAUCUCGCUGCAAGUACUGUAGUCCCGAAAAUUACAGUUGUAAUCUUUCUUGUAGGCUUAUUUCCCCUCACAGAUGAAAAUGUAACAUGGGAAUUCCUACAUUGGAUAUAAUUUUAAUGCCUUGAUUUAUAGUUUUAUAAAGCUUCUUGCACAAAGCAAUGCAAAGCCAUGACUAAAUAUUAAGCUGCUAUUUUUCUGUGAUGUUCCCUUUAUACUGUAAUUGUUACAGAUAAACAGAAAUUCUCAGGUUGAACAGAUUACCUUCUGUUGCCAUGGUAAUGUUCAAAUCCUCUGGGGCAUUCAGAUUGUAUGUGAAUGUAAUUCAUCAAAAACAGCCUCUGUUGAGAUUAACUUGGAAUAGACUCUUCAAAAGAUUUUUAAAUUUCAUAUCUGAACAUUUUAAUAAACAGUAAAUAACCUGACAGUUAAAUCACUUGACAGGUCAUGUCACGUACAUGCCAACUACAUCUGUAUACAGGUAUAUGUCCUGACAUAGUCUGCUUACCUUUUCUGAAAACUCCCAGUCAUUUGUCAGUCAGCCAGUGCUAUGUCCCUCGGUGUUUACCAUACUCCUGAUGUGUGUAUAACUUCUUGUUAUACAAAGUGAAUUUUCAACUGAGGACUUGUAUAGAAUUUCAAGAUAUUAAAUAUGCCUACAGAUAAGUCCAAACAAUGGUUUGUUAAUCAUUUUUUAAACAAAUCCUGUAAUAAAAUUGGCUCAGAUA